CCACCGCAAACCCCAACAGCUCUCUUAUCGUUCUCACUUCUUCUUGCGGCUUUCGCCUGCGAUUUCCUCUUUUUUCUCCACCAUGUUUUCUCUCUCUUAAACCUUAAUCGGAAAAGGCGUCUCCUGUGAUCUAUCCGGAGGGUUUCGCUGAACCCACCAGUAGAUCCGAAUCGGCCAGGUAGGAUCCAGCCGCCACCACCACCACAGGAUCUCCGAUCCGAAGUAGACCUGAUUUCGCAGUUUUUCUAGUGGCCAUGAGUUCUCUCAGCAGAGAGCUCGUGUUCCUGAUACUGCAGUUCUUGGACGAGGAGAAGUUCAAGGAGACGGUCCAUAAGUUGGAGCAGGAGUCGGGUUUUUUCUUCAAUAUGAAGCACUUUGAGGAGACGGUGCUCGGCGGGGACUGGGAGGAGGUGGAGAGGUAUCUCUCGGGGUUUACCAAGGUGGACGAUAACCGGUAUUCGAUGAAGAUUUUUUUUGAGAUUCGAAAGCAGAAGUAUCUCGAGGCUUUGGAUAAGAAAGAACGGUCGAAGGCUGUGGAUAUACUGGUUAAGGAUCUCAAGGUCUUCGCCGCUUUUAACGAGGAUCUUUUUAAGGAGAUCACCCAGCUCUUGACCCUCGAUAAUUUUAGGGAAAAUGAGCAGCUAUCCAAAUAUGGAGAUACCAAAUCAGCAAGGGUCGUAAUGCUCUCCGAGCUUAAGAAGCUGAUAGAGGCUAAUCCUUUGUUCCGUGACAAGCUGCAGUUCCCAAACCUUAAGAAUUCGAGACUGAGGACGCUCAUCAAUCAGAGUUUGAAUUGGCAGCAUCAACUGUGUAAAAAUCCGAGGCCAAACCCAGAUAUCAAAACACUAUUUUAUGAUCAUUCUUGCUCUCAACCGAAUGGUGCACGAGUGGCAUCUCCUGCUCCUCCUGUUAUGAACGUGAUGCCUAAACAGGGGGGAUUUCCUCAACUAGGUCCGCAUGCAAUGGGUGGAGUUAUAACGCCAUUUCAGCCACAAGCAACAAAUCUUCCAACGCCUCUUGCUGGUUGGAUGGCAAAUGCAUCCAAUGGCACUCCUAUGCCGCAUCCAGCUAUUUCGGGUGGUCCUCUUGGCCUUGCUGCUCCUCCCAGUUCAGCUGCUCUGUUGAAGCGCCCUGUGACACCGAACAGCAACCCUCCUGUGGAUUAUCACUCUGCAGAUUCAGAGCAUGUUCUUAAAAGGCCACGCCCUUUGGGAAUAUCUGAGGAGGUUGCCCUACCCAAUGCUCACUUGCCCAUAGGAUAUGCUAGCAUUCCUAGGAACCAAUUCAAUACUGACGAGUUGCCAAAGAAUUUAGCUGUGACUUUAACUCAAGGGUCUAGUGUAAUGAGCAUGGAUUUUCAUCCUUCUCAGCCAACCCUUCUUCUAGUUGGCACCAAUGUUGGUGAUAUUGCUGUAUGGGAGGUUUCCUCUAGAGAAAGACUCUCUCAUAGAAAUUUUAAAGUCUGGGAACUUUCAGCAUGCUCAACUCUCCUGCAGUCCGCUUUGGUUAAGGAUCCUGCCAUAUCUGUUAACCGCGUUCUUUGGAGUCCUGAUGGCAAUCAGUUUGGUAUUGCGUAUUCCAAGCACCUUGUGCACUUGUACAAUUACAAUGGCCGUGAUGAUCUAUUACAACACUUGGAGAUUGAUGCCCAUAGUGGUGGGGUAAAUGACAUUGCUUUUUCUCAACCAAACAAGCAAUUGUGCAUUGUGACUUGUGGAGAUGACAAAACUAUCAAGGUUUGGGAUGCCACAACUGGUGCCGUACAGUAUACUUACGAAGGUCACGAGGCCCCUGUUUACUCCAUUUGCCCGCAUUCAAAAGAAAAUAUUCAUUUUAUCUUCUCCACUUCCCUUGAUGGCAAAAUAAAGGCUUGGUUGUAUGAUAAUGGGGGCUCAAGAGUGGAUUACACAGCACCUGGUCAAUGGUGUACUACCAUGGCCUAUAGUGCUGAUGGAACAAGGUUAUUCUCAUGUGGUACCAGUAAAGAGGGAGAUUCAUAUAUUGUUGAGUGGAAUGAAAGUGAAGGUUCUGUGAAGAGAACAUAUUCUGGUUUCAGGAAAAGAUCAAUGGGUGUUGUGCAAUUUGAUACAACAAAAAAUCGAUUUUUGGCUGCUGGAGAUGAUUUCAUGGUCAAGUUCUGGGAUAUGGACAACACUAACCUUCUGACAACAGCUGAUGCGGAGGGUGGAUUGUCGGCUUCUCCACGCAUACGCUUCAACAAAUUAGGAUCGCUUCUAGCAGUUUCUACUGGUGACAAUUGUAUUAAGAUUUUGGCAAAUGCUGAGGGAUUUCAACUGCUUCGUUCAUUUGAAGGUCGACUUUACAGUGUUGCAAGAUCAGUUUCUGAGGCAAAGCUAAACAGAUACAACCAUCCUUUAAUGCUGCAGGCACCGACUAUUAGCUCUUUGGGUGCUGUGAGUGCUAUGCCUGGAAUUAGUGUUGCCAUUGCUGAUCGUAGUAGCAUAGUUGCCCCUAUUGUUGGAUUGAAUGGUGAUAAUCGUAAUAUUGCUGAUGUAAAGCCAAAAAUUAUUGAUGAGCCAGUUGACAAAUCUAAGAUAUGGAAACUUACGGAAAUCAAUGAACCAUCUCAGUGUUGUUCUCUUAGGCUUCCAGAUAAUCUACUUGCCGUAAAGGUUGCCAGAUUGAUUUAUACUAAUUCAGGUCAUGCGAUUUUGGCUUUAGCAUCCAAUGCUGUUCACAAGCUAUGGAAAUGGCAGAAAACCGACAGAAAUGUCACUUUGAAGGCAACUGCAGCUGUGGCGCCACAGAUAUGGCAACCUACAAGUGGCAUAUUGAUGACCAAUGAAAUCAGUGAUAUAAAUCCCGAAGAAGCUAUUCACUGUUUUGCACUGUCCAAGAAUGAUUCAUAUGUCAUGUCUGCAUCUGGCGGGAAGAUAUCCCUCUUUAAUAUGAUGACAUUCAAGACAAUGACCACUUUCAUGCCUCCGCCACCAACCGCAACCUUUCUUGCUUUUCACCCUCAGGACAACAAUAUCAUUGCCAUAGGCAUGGAUGAUUCCUCCAUCCAAAUCUAUAAUGUGCGGGUCGAUGAGGUAAAAAGCAAACUCAGAGGGCAUCAAAAGAGAAUUACAGGUCUCGCAUUUUCGAAUGUUCUCAAUGUUCUGGUAUCUUCCGGAGUAGAUGCUCAGUUGUGCGUAUGGGGAAUGGAUUCCUGGGAAAAACAAACCAGCAAAUUUUUGCAGAUACCACCUAAUCGAAUGUCAGGUUCAUUUGCGGAAACGAAGGUACAAUUUCACCAGGACCAGGUUCAGUUUUUGGUGGUUCAUGAAUCCCAGAUCGCAAUAUACGAAGCAACAAAAUUGGACUGUCUUAAACAGUGGAUCCCACGGGAGAUGUCUGUAACACACGCCACGUAUUCAUGUGAUAGCCAAAUGAUAUAUGCAACUUUCACAGACGGAAGUGUGAGUGUCUUCUCUUCAGCGCUUCGAUUGAGGUGUCGGAUAAGCCCCGCGGCCUAUCUAAAAACACCACCAAGUGCCAACACAUAUCCUGUAGUAGUAGCUGCUCAUCCCACCGAACCCAAUCAGCUCGCGCUAGGUCUUGGCGAUGGCGGCGUUCAUGUGCUAGAACCAUCGGACUCGACAGAAGGCAAAUGGGGUUCCGCUCCCCCAGCAGAAAAUGGAGUCGGUGCUAGCUCUAGCUCCAGCCAGCCAGUUGGAAACCCUAAUUCCGACCAACCACCGAGGUGAUACCACUGCAAAAACUUAAUUUUAGCAUUCUGUGUCCUGUUUUCUUCUGGGAGUGCAGGGUUCAGUCGAUCGCCCCAAAGGGGCAGUAAUAAUUGAAGAUCAGGUUGGAUGAUUAUGAGUCAGAGGCUUAGCUUAAGUUUAGUGUAUGCUCCAAUAGUUUUAUUAUACGGAUAAUGGUGACUAACUUGGAAAUGGUGAAAGCUUGCUUGAAAUAUUCCACAGAAAAGAACUAUUUGGAGACUGCUCAGUGGAAAUCAUGCGGAAUUCAGCAGGUGAUUUUAGCCCCCCUCUUAUCAACAGAAAGAAAAAUUGUGUUUAGAAAUUAUUUUUUUUCUCAUCUUAUUAUAUAUUUUUAUUGAACUGUGUGGAAGAAUGAGCAUCUUUUUAGAUUUGUAUCCAUAUUUUAUUCAAGUCUUUCACCAUGCAAGGGGGCCUCUGUUGAUUUG